CCAACAGUCUUUGCGACUGUACCGGAAGUGGAUGUUAACAGUGUCGACCUUGUCUGACGCGCAGCAGCAUGGCGAGCAAGGAACCAAAUCGCUUGGUGCAGCACCUAAGGGACCUGGCAGGCCGCAUGUCCUCGUCUGGAGGCAGAGGCGCAGGGCUUGGACUCAAGCUGCUGCUGGGAGCUGGCGCUUUGGCCUAUGGGGUUAAGGAGGCCACAUACACAGUGGAGGGCGGUCACAGAGCAGUCGUCUUCAACAGGAUCGGCGGGAUGCAGAUGGACACAGUCCUGGCUGAGGGGCUUCAUUUCAGGAUCCCAUGGUUCCAGUACCCUAUCAUCUAUGACAUCAGAGCCAGACCCAGAAAGAUAUCCUCGCUGACGGGCAGCAAAGACCUGCAGAUGGUGAACAUCGCCGUGAGGGUCCUGUCCCGCCCAAUGGCAUCCAACCUGCCCAUCAUGUACCAAAGGUUGGGCAAGGACUACGACGAGAGAGUCCUGCCGUCCAUCGUCAAUGAGGUCCUCAAGUCGGUGGUGGCCAAGUUCAACGCCUCUCAACUCAUCACGCAAAGAGCGCAGGUGUCGCUGUUGGUGCGCAGGGAGCUUUUUGAGCGAGCCAAAGACUUCAACAUCAUCCUGGAUGACGUGUCCAUCACAGAGCUGAGCUUCAGCAGCCAGUACACAGCCGCCGUGGAGGCCAAGCAAGUGGCUCAACAAGAGGCACAGAGGGCACAGUUUUACGUGGAGAAGGCCAAACAAGACCAGAGGCAGAAGAUCAUCCAGGCUGAAGGAGAAGCUGAGGCUGCCAGGAUGCUGGGACAGGCCGUCACAAAGAAUCCAGGUUAUCUGAAGCUGAGGCGGAUCAGAGCCGCUCAGACCAUCGCCAAGACGGUCUCGACGUCUCAGAACAAAGUCUACCUGAAUGCAGACAGCUUGGUCCUGAACCUACAGAACCAGGCGUUGUUUGACAACUUGUCUUUGGGCCUCAAGAAGUGAUGAAGAGGACUGUAGCUGCCCCUGUCUUCAUCAUGGUCGACCCGCGCUGACUCGUAGAAACCACAUUGAUGACUCGGGGCGGGUGAAGUAAUUUGUUUUUUUGCUCGUGAAAUGUGUGAAGACUAAAACAGUGAUCUUGUAGCGCCAAUCAUUCAGCACCAUCGCAUCCUGAUGUGACUCACUGAAUGGUGUUAUUUGUCCACUUUGUCUGAAGCUGAUGGGCCAAGUUAAUGUAUCAGUUAAUAAACUUGAACUGAAAGUCCACAUUCACUUCAUGCAUCAACUCUCUCCGUAAUCAUGACGUCAUGGUUUAUUAAUCCUAUACCACUGAGUUGCUGUGCGCUUCAUUAACGCGGCAGUUCCAUGUGCUGCCGCUAGAGGGUGCCAAAUAUGUGCUAUUUAUGUGUCGGCUGCCGUGUUUCUAUGGCAACGUACACGAGGUUCAGCGAUGAUGUCACAACCUCACAUAUACACGCAUAUACAUUCUCUCUCUGAAGUAAUCACUUUUCGUUUCCCCGUAGAAACAAUGGCAGUUAUACAUGUUAACAUGUUUACUAAUGAGCUUGUUGGCAUGCCAUUUAAUGUUUCUAAUUAUACCAUAAAUAAGGUGCGCAAUAAAAUAAAAGGAACGGCCGGAUCAAAUCAUGUCCAGCGGCGCCCCCAUCAGGUCAAAUUUUGUAAUUUCAGCUGCGGCUCAUGUACAAAAGUUGAAAGCUUGUUUCCUUUCUCUUUUAUAAACAAGAAUUGAAAUUCAAAUAAACAUCUGUUGACUUUU